CUUGAUUUUCUGAUUUGGUUUUGUCCUUUGUAGUUAUCCUUUUUGAUUUUCGAUUUUGCAGGUUUCAUUCUACAUAUAGACUCGAUUAAAGGUAUUGGAUGUGAAAAAUAUCAGGGAUUUACAGGUUAUGUGAAAAAGCACAGGCUAUAGUACAUGGUGAUAUGCAUAUGGACUACAAAACAUGGAUAAUGGAUACAAUAGCAGACACUUGGAAUUGUGGUGCUUUGAUCUCUCAUCAUGACUGCGUUUGUGACUGUAUGUGAGUGUUUGUGUGAAAAGGUGGGACUGCGUGAUGUGUUGAUCUGUGUGUCUGCAAGGGUUAGCUCGAGAAUGAUUUGGAGACAAGUGAAGAACGAGUCCAAAUAGGAGGUGUGUGGAGGUUGCCAUUCAAGAAAAGCUCCAACAAUUUGUAAAACAAUGAUUGAAAUUAGGGGUUCUGUCACAGCAAAACUUAGUUCAUGGUGACAUGUCCUUUUCUGUGUUUGAAUCGUGCAAAAGCCAAAGUCAUCAGAUUUCUCCCUCAUCAUGAUUUUUCCAAGAAGGAUGGAGACGUUGAACGUGAUGGAAGCAUCUGCAAAAAAAAAACCCACCGAAACGAACUAAUCGACACCCUGGAAUUAUUCAUCAAAAAUAUACUAUGUGCUUUGAUUGAUGCAAUCUUUCCAUCAGUGGAAAUUAAUACUGAUUCAGAUUAUUUUAUUUUGCGCGCAAUAUUAUCCACAAGAAAUGAUAGUGUCGAUGAUAUUAAUGAUUAUUUGAUCAGCCGAUACCACGGAGACGAAAGAAUUUACUAUAGUUUUGAUGAAGCCGUAGUCGAUAUAAAUAGCUUCCAUCCUGCGAAAAUUUUGAACACGCUCAGUGUGUCAUUGGUUUACUCCUCAUUACCUACAACUGAAACUUGGAUGCACGAUAAUACUGUUAAGGAAUCUCGACCCAUCAAACGGAUUGUGCAACGUUACUCGAUUGAAAUGUAA